AAAAAAAAAAGGUAUUUAGGGGAAAGGAGGCAGCUAGAUGACUCAGUGAAUAGAGGGUCAGGCCUGGAGAUAGAUGAUCCUAGGUCCAAAUGUGGCUACAGACAUUUCCAAGCUAUGUGACCUUGGACAAGUCACUUAAACCCCAAUUGCCUAGCCUUUAUCACUUUUCUACCUUGGGAAGAAAGAAAAAAGAAUGUAGGAGAAAGAAGAAAUAUGAAGUAAGGUGGAUAGGGCCCAGAGUUAGAUGUGAUAUGAAAACCAAGGAACUUUGGUAAUUCUUGCAGUCAUAUAAUUUACUGGGAGCAUUCUGUGGUCCUGCACAUAAACCAGUGAGUAUUUGUUAAGUGCCUACUAUGUGCCCUAUUCCUUGUUACUUGUCCAUAGAUCAUCUCCAGAAGACCAGGAAGAUUUUGUUGCUUUGAGCACCAUGGGUUUGAGGUUCAACCACCAUUUCCAGUUUUGGAUCCUGUGUACCUCCCAACAGAUUACUUUUCCAGACACAUCAGAAAUCUGAACCAACAAUUUGGUUAUUUGCGAAAACUGUCUGAAGCCGCUAUUUAUAACAACAGUGGACUAAAUUAACAGUCUCCAAGUCAAAAGGUGCAAGAUUGUGCUGCCAAGAUAAGCCAUUCCCCCUACUACCUACUACCUUUGUGAAACCUCUUUGAGUCAUGGGCACUCGAGAGUAUAACCGCUUUGUGGAUCCAGACAAGAUGGAAGCUAUGAUUCCAGACCUAGGACCCAAGAACAUGAUUAACGUAGACUUUCAGGAGAUAAAACAGUUGGCACGCCAAGGUUACUGGGCCAAAAGCCAUAGUCUUAGGGGGAAGGUUUACCAACGGCUGAUUGAGGAGAUUCCAUGUCGAACAGUCACACCUGAUGCCAGUGUUUACAGUGACAUUGUAGGAAAGAUUGUGGGCAAACGAAGCACCUCUAGCCUCCCUUUGCCCGAGUUUGUGGAAAAUAGUCUGGCCCCAACCUACUGCCUGAAUCCACAGGGAGAAGAAGCUGUUCAAAAGAUCCUUCUUUGUAUUGCUAACCAGUUCCCGGACAUUUCCUAUUGCCCAACACUCCCAGCCAUUGUUGCCCUACUCCUGCACUAUAGCAUUGAUGAAGCAGAGUGUUUUGAGAAAACUUGUCAUAUCUUGGCUUGCAAUGACCCCAAUAAGAGGUUUAUUGACCAGAGCUUUCUUGCCUUUGAGACUUCCUGUAUGACAUUUGGGGACCUUGCUACCAAAUACUGCCAGGCAGCCCACAGGCUAUUAGUAGAAGCCUCAGAGGAUGUAUUUCAGGUCUAUUCUGACUGGCUGCGGUGGCUCUUUGGGGAUCUCCCACUCAAUUACUUUGCUCGGGUCUUUGAUGUCUUCCUGGUUGAGGGUUACAAGGUCCUUUACAGAGUUGCUUUGUCAAUUCUCAAAUUCUUCUACAAAUCAAGAGUUGGAAAGACUGUGGAGUCAGAGAAUGUGAAGCAGGAUAUCCGUAAGUUUGUCAGGGAUAUCCAUCAGACAGUAUCUCCUGAGAAGCUGAUGGACAAAGCCUUUUCUAUCCGUCUCUUCUCCCGAAAAGAGAUCUAUCUCUUGCAAAUGGCCAAUGAGGCGGUUCUGAAGCAGAAAGGCAUCACUGUCAAGCAUAAAAGUGUUUCACCUUCUAAAAGGAUGUUUGUGCACUUGGCUGUUGAUCCUGGGAAUUUCAAAUCAGAGAUUGUCAGUGUGAAGGAAAUGAGAGACAUCUGGUCAUGGCUCCCUGAACGGUUUGCUCUCUGUCAGCCUCUGCUGAUUUUCUCUACUACACAACAUGGAUAUAGCCUGACAAGGCUUUAUUACCACUGUGAUGGACAUGAGCCAACUCUCCUCCUCCUCAAGACAACAGAGAAAGAGGUUUGUGGCGCUUACCUAUCGACAGACUGGAAGGAUCGAAAUAAGUUUGGAGGCAAGCUGAGCUUCUUUGGGACUGGAGAGUGCUUUGUGUUUAGGCUAAAGCCAAGAGUUCAGCGAUACGUGUGGGUAGUGAUAAAACACCCAGAGCCAGUAAAGGAUUCAACCACAGUUUUACAGGCCACAGCUUCAAGUUCAAGUUCACAGGUGGAAGACCUGCAAAACCCAGACCACCCCUCAAGUCGACUCUCACCUUUCUUGGCUGCUCGGCACUUCCAUCUUCCUUCAAAAACUGAAUCCAUGUUCAUGGCUGGAAACAAUGAUUGCAUCAUCAUAGGUGGUGGAGGUGGUCAAGCUUUGUAUAUCGAUGAGGACCUGAAUCGAGGCCACACAGGACACUGUGACACCUUUAACAAUGAGCCUCUGUGCUCUGAAAAUUUCCACAUCUCUGCCUUAGAGGUGUGGGGCUUCUGGGAUGCUGAUAUACAAGACUAGAGAUGGCCACAAUCAGCAGUCCCUGAACGAAAGACAAGGAGGAAGGCUACUCCAAGACUGACUUCCCCAUUUUCAAGUCCUGAGUUUGGACAGAAGCAUAAGGCCCUAUGAUCCUUGAGUAUCUCUCUCCAUCCCAGUUUUCUAUGAUGGCUACUGACCUUUCUAAAAAGUCAGCCCAUGGUCAAGAGAUCCUGAAACUUCCCUUCUCUUCAUCCCUCAUGUGACGGGUUAGCUUGAGCUAGGGCCUCAUUUCUGGAGACAAACUCAAGCGUUGCCCCAAUAUGCUUAGAGACUUUGGUGUAAUCCAGUAUCCCCUCCCCUUUUGUGACAGAGCCAUGGGUGGUAUUGGGGGACAGAUAAAUAGCAGAGAUCACACUAUGUGAACUAAUUCCAAGGUCAUGCUUAGGCUCUCUGGCUGUUCCUGAUGAUGGACUAGUGGGGCAGGGGAAGGAACUUUUGUUCUAAGGGUAAGUCAAGGUGUAGAGGAACAAAGGCCUCUUUGCCUGAAUUCCUCUGUGAUUGUCUAAAGGUCACCAGGCUUCCCUCGAUAUAGCCAUUGGGGCCACCCUUUUCUUCUCUCAAAUUAUAGACUCAUUUGCCCUACAGGCACUUUACCCUUCUGAUUUUUGGAAAAAACCCAAGUCCAAGAAAAAGAAGCCCUCAGAAGGGAUAGAAUUAACCCUAUAUACUAAGAUUAGCACUAUCUCCUCAAAUCCCUAAGGUCCUCAUAGCUGUCUGAGUCCCCAUUCACCUUCCUCCCUUGUCUAGGUAUCUUGGCUCCUUUAUACCCUCAAAAAAAUCUCAUUAUGUCUGUGUAUGUUUCUUCCAUUAACACUGAAUCUAGCCUGAGUGUUUUUCCUCUUCUUUUUCUUUGGGACCCUGAUUUCUCCCUGGGGGAAGAAAGGGAUGAAGAACAGGUGUUUCUGGGGUUACUAUCUACAAACUCCAGGUCUUGGGAGAUCAGAAGAGAAACAGCAGUUCUAGUGCCCCACCAGGGCUUACACGCCAUCACCCUGCCACUCAGUUAGGACUUUGGUGCCCCCGUGUGGUUCUUUUACUCUUUACCUUAACAUAGAGGGGAAAGGGGUGUUUACCUCCGGUAAGUGAUGUGUAUCUUGGGGUAUGUAAAAGAAAGUCUGGUCUCUAGGUAGGCUUGUCCCAUGCUGCCUCUUGUUCAGGAUUCGCAAAAGCCAGCAGAAAAAUGCUAUGGAAAAGAAAAAAAUUGCAGGGGUACUUUUGAGAUAACAAUUCCAAGCCAGCAGCAUGGCAGAGCUGGAUGACUCCAACAGUCUUGACUGAUUCUUUCCUCUACCCUCCCUCUCCAACUCUGGCCCUUCUCAAGGAAGGGGAAGACUAGCACUUACUCUCGUCUAACCAUACAGAAUCAUAGCUACUUAUGGUUCAGAAUAAGCAAGGAAAGGGUACUAGGAUGGCAUGGACUGGAGGUUGGCAUGCCCCUGGAAAUUGCCACAUCUGGCUAAGUUCCCAAUAACUAAAUAAACUUUGUUCAUUUGUUUGCCUAGUUCUUGGGGCUAGCUACCAACUAUAACUUCAAAAAUACCAUAUGGUUCAUUGACAUUUAAAUUAUUUGUCGCUUUAGAACUAAGUUGUGGUAAACAUUUAUUUUUUUGUUUGUUUGUUUUUCCCCCAGAGAAGUCAGUUUUAUUUUGUUUUUUAACCUUGAAGCCCCUAGUAAACAGUUGUUUUCCAGGAAGGUUUGUGAAAUGAAGGAAAUCUGCUGUUUUCAGUUGGGGCCUGAAUAAAAUUGAGCUCAAA